CUCACUGGUUUUGACAAUGACUGUGAUCCAACCCGCCAAAGGGGGAUUGAUGACAUUUCGGGUUUCCGAAGCACUGUCGGUCUUCUAUGGACAUUGAUGAACCCGACCUUGGGGUUCCUAUGCCAAGGUUUCGACCAAUAGCCUGCUGUGUCUAGUUGCCGUCCGAAUUUUCACGGAGAUGUGGAAGCCCUUAUUAUCCUUUCCCCUUGCGUUCCCUCCAUUCCACUCUCCAGCCCUGAGGCUUCAUCUGUGUUAGUGCUGCAGGAUGGGCAAACACCCUCGAGAGGCGAAGGAGAAAGUAACACCGACUACCUCGAAUGAUGGUGCUACCGAACUUGGACCAGAUGGGGCCUCUCAUGUACAGGGACAUUUGAAGCGACAGCUCAAGUCUCGCCACAUAGCCAUGAUAAGAAUGUAUCUGCGAAGUAUCGGGGGUGUCAUCGGCACGGGCCUUUUCCUCGGUACGGGUACGGCCCUUUCUCAUGGAGGACCUGUUGGCCUCUUGCUUGGGUAUUCCAUCAUGGGCUCCAUCUGCUAUUCAACCAUGAUUUCGCUCGGGGAGAUGAUUGCGUACCUUCCGAUCGCCGGCGGACAUAUCAAGCUUGCCGAGCGAUUCGUAGGAAAAUUCUUCUCGUUCUCCAUGGGAUGGAACUAUUGGUAUAACUGGGUCAUUGUGCUUCCAGCUGAGUUAAGCGCUGCCGCCAUACUUAUUGAUUACUGGGAGCAUCAUUCCAUUCUCGGUAUAGUGCUUGAUUUAGGUGGGGGACCGAAUCGCGACCGACUAGGGUUCCGUUAUUGGGUGCAUCCUGGUCCGUUCGUUCAGUUCCAUGGCAUCAAGGGCUCUUGGGGUCGUUUUCUCGGAUUUUGGACGGUUCUCACUCAAGCUGCAUUCUCUUUCAUUGGCACCGAGAUCGUCGCUAUCGCGGCUGGUGAAGCCAAGAACCCUCGACGCAACAUCCCAAAAGCGAUCAAACGCGUCUACAUCCGAAUCUUGCUCUUUUACAUUGGGGGUACUGCUACCAUUGGGCUGUUGGUCCCAAGUAACGACAAAUCACUUGGACUUACGUCUGACGCCGCAUCAUCGCCAUUCGUUAUUGCAAUCAAGCGCGCAGGGAUUGGAGGACUCCCUUCCACUAUUAAUGCUGCGCUCCUUACUUCUGCAUUGUCAGCAGCAAGUUCCGACCUUUAUACCAGUUCACGCGCCUUAUACGGGUUGGCAAUCGCAGGGAACGCCCCGAAGAUCUUCACUCGGACUUCCAAAAGUGGCCUUCCUUACUUCUCUGUGUUUUUCUGCGCCUUAUUCUGCUGCCUCGCUUAUUUGGACGUAUCGUCUGGCUCUGGGAAGGUUUUUGGGUGGUUCACGAAUAUGACUUCCAUCGCUGGUCUGAUGACCUGGUUUGGCAUAAAUUUCACAUAUUGGAGGUUCUAUCAGGGAAUGAAGGCGCAAGGUUUCGAUCGGAGCAAACUCCCUUUCAUAGGAAUUCUCCAGCCAUAUGCAGCGUGGUAUGCCAUGAUUUGGAUAUGGCUUGUUUGUAUUUUCGCCGCGUAUCCAGUGUUCCUCAGGAACAAUUGGGAUACAGCAACUUUCAUCACAUAUUAUUCACCCCUGGCAUUGUUCCCUGUUAUGGUGUUCGGCACCAAAUUCUGGUACAAGGAGACAAUGAUUGCUCCAGGAGAUAUGGACUUUUACAGUGGCCUCGCUGAGAUAGAGGCUGAUUCGUACGACGAGCCACCUCCCGCUAACUGGAUCGAAAGAUUCUGGUCUUGGCUUAUGUGAAAAGUAGAAGCUCCAUGCGAAUUCUAUCUCAGAUGCAGAUGAUUUCCAAACUCGUUAUUUUAGGUUACAUGCCCGCUUGGCAGCUGAUACAAUCACUUUCAUCGAAUUAAUUACGAACUUGCUACAUUCCAGCCAAUCUUAAUGCUAUUCGUUCUACUAAUGCGGGCUUGCCAAGGAGAACCCAUGCGUAUUCUACUAGUAAGACGGUAAGAUUCAGAAUACCAUAUCCAAGCAUGGGGAUAAUUCCCAUGAAGAAAUUCCCAAGUGCCCCACGGCGUGUGAUUGUCUCCCACAGUUCCGUCUUGACAAUCUCUGGGGCCACCCGUGAGCGAUAGGGACCUGUCAGACGAUAGAAGGUUGUGAAAGCUGCACCGAAACUUUCCAACAGAAGAGUAAGCACAAUAAAUUUCGGUUUCUAUGCGAUGCUUACCAGUAGCAGACAAGCACGCGGGUUCCGUAUUCUUUCCAAAGAUCCCAAAGGCCGG